UACAAUAAACUAGUAAAGGAAAGAACUAACUGAUAUUUUGGAAUGCUUGGUUUUCAUAAAGCGGAUUUAUCUUUUCAGAACAUGUAAUUACAUAAUUUCACUCUACGAUAUUUAUGCAGCACGUAUUAGGAAUACUUAUGGCGAUAUGUAUAGGGAACACUUCCAGCGAUAUUGAAAAAUCGAAACAUGGGAUUUGAAGACAGUUAUGGUAUGGGAUUAGGAGGGGUUCUGGCCAUCCUGAAAGGACUGGGCCUGCUCGGGGUACAAUUGGUACGAAUCCCAGGGUCUUCCCCUGAGCGGCUGGGGCAGCUAAGCAAAACAACCUGCAUGUGGGAGUGGCGUGGCCCACCUUUAAUUCGUCUAUUUUGGGGGCUUGUUGCAGAUAAACAAUAGAAGCGGUCGACCAGGGACACGCAAUUGACUUUUUGCACGAAAGCCUCUUAUUUACGAACUUUGAUCGUCCCUUUGAGAUGUGAAUGACUAAUCAUCAACCCAGAG